AGGCCCAAAAAGCAACCAAGUCACUUCGGUAAUCUUCUCCCAGCUUCCAUUCUCAAUUUUAUAAAACUCGGCCGGAUCCAGUCGCAUAUUUCCGGCCACAUUCGCAAUGGAGUCGCACGGGUCGGGGCUCCGGCGUGUCACAGUCUUGGCCUUCUGCGUCGUCGGUAUCUGGGCUGCUUAUAUCUACCAAGGCGUUCUUCAGGAAACUCUGUCUACCAAGCGGUUCGGACCAGAUGGGAUUAGGUUCGAGCAUCUUUCGUUUCUCAACUUGGCGCAAAAUGUGGUCUGUUUAAUCUGGUCCUAUAUAAUGUUGAAGAUUUGGUCUAACAGCAAUGCCGGUGGUGCGCCGUUGCGGAGUUUCUGGAGUGCAGGGAUUACUAAUACGAUUGGACCGGCUAUGGGGAUCGAGGCUUUGAAGUAUAUCAGCUACCCGGCUCAGGUCUUGGCCAAAUCUUCGAAAAUGAUUCCAGUGAUGCUGAUGGGUACUUUAGUCUAUGGCAUAAGAUAUACCUUGCCUGAGUAUGUUUGUACUCUCCUUGUUGCUGGAGGGGUAUCCAUGUUUGCACUCUUGAAGACUAGCUCUAAGACCAUCAGCAAGUUGGCACACCCAAAUGCACCUCUUGGAUAUGGACUGUGCUUCCUUAACCUUGCUUUUGAUGGAUUCACAAAUGCUACUCAGGAUUCAAUAACAGCAAGGUAUCCAAAAACGAGUGCCUGGGAAAUAAUGUUAGGCAUGAACCUAUGGGGUACCAUAUACAACAUGAUCUACAUGUUUGGCUGGCCACGAGGUAGUGGAUUUGAGGCAGUUCAAUUCUGUAAGAUGCACCCUGAAGCAGCAUGGGACAUCUUUCUCUAUUGUCUUUGUGGCGCUGUUGGCCAGAAUUUCAUCUUCCUAACCAUAAGCAGAUUUGGUUCCCUAGCUAAUACCACCAUCACUACCACCCGCAAAUUUGUGAGCAUUGUGGUGUCGUCAUUGCUCAGUGGCAAUCCCCUGUCAUCAAAGCAAUGGGGUUGUGUUGUCAUGGUCUUCUCGGGGUUGUCGUAUCAGAUCUAUCUCAAAUGGAAGAAGUUGCAGAGACUGCAGAAGAAGAGAAAGCCAACUUAACAAUUUUGAAGAUUAGUAAUUUUGAUCUUUCUUUUUCGGAUUUUCCUCUUCUUGCCUUUAACUCUUUGGGCAUAUAUCAUUGUAAACAUUGAACCUCAUUGUUCAAUACUAUAGAAUACUUGUAAUGUAAUUGAUAGACCCUCUGAGAACUUGAGAAGUGCUUAGUUGAACUCAGAAAUAUUAUGGAACAAAACCCAUCAAAUUGUAAGUUUCGUUUACAUGUCAUAAGUAAUAGCAUUGGAAGGUUCACUAUGACAGUAGAACUACUCA